AUGACCUGGUUCUGGGCUCUCGGGAGGACUGAGACACUGGCCAGACCGCCAGGUGCGCGCUGCCUCGGUCCCUCGCGGCUUGGACUCCGGACGCCGCUGUCCCGUCCCGCCCAGCGGGGAGGAGCCAGGACCCGCGCGGUGACCCUGAGACUACGUGGCCGCGUGUCCUCUCUCGGGGAGAGGACAGGAGCCGGGCCCUGGCCCUCCGGUUCUGCCCGUUGCGCCACCGCACCUCUGCUCACACUGCGCCCCCCGCGCCAGGAUUCUGCCUCCUCCAGGAAGCCCCGCGGGAUUCCCUCCUCGGCCAGGAGCAGCGCGCCCUCUUUGGGACCCCACAGAGCCCAGCUGGGGUGCUGCCAGCCGCUCCAAGAAGUCCCAGAUGAGGAGAAACGGGGCCCCCACCCUCAUACCUGCCCUCCCGGCGCUGUGCUCGCGCCCUCGGCGGGGCGUCCUGGCCCUGAAGUCCUCCUCCUCGGCCCCUGCGUGUGUCUCGGGGAGCGGGGCCCACAGGACGGAGCGGGACGUGGGAAUUCGGAACGGAGAGCCUGUGGCGGGCCGCGUCCUGUCCGGGGCUGGUGCAGACUCUCUGUCGGGGGUUGCGCGCCCACCACGGCCGGGCGGCGCACAGGCCAGAGGUGCGGGAGCCUGGAAGGAAUAAUGUUUCCAUUACAGCUGUGUUGGCCGCAGACCCCAGUGCGGGCACAGGUGGAGACUAAACCGUGGCCAUGGGAAGCGCUGCCCUCAGACUUCCCUGUUGCUCAGGGUGUGCACUGCGCCAGGCAGCACGGUCCCGCUUCUCCUCCGCGCAUGCGCACGUGCCUCUCCCUUCAGCCAUGGUCCUGCGGUGGGGAUGGAUAGAGGACAGAGGAACAGCCCCCUAC